GCCUGACGCGGUCUCUUACGUGUCGGUCUGAAUAAAAGUGGAGCUCCGUAGACCCGGGAGUGACGAAGCGAGUCUGUGUUGGUAAGAGGAUACGCAUCCGAUGUUUGCUAAACAGAUAGAUGGCUGCCCAGAGAAGUUAUUUUCGCCUAAUAUCCGCUCAAAGCCAACAAAGAGAUCAUGGCGGCGGUGUUGCAGAGGCUCUCAAAAUGAGUCGGUCUCUGCAAGGCUCGCAGCACAACUGAGACAUAGAUUUUAAAUGACAAUGGAGGCUGGUGCAGACACACAGCAAAGUGGUGAAACAGUUGUCUCGGAGUCUGAGACCCAACAGAUCACCCUGGCCCAGAUAGGGAAUGACUCUGGGUUGUCAUGGUUGCAGGCUUCUAUAGCAGCUGGCCAGGUGACAACCAGUGGUCCUACAGUGACUCUCGUGCAGUUACCCAACGGUCAGACAGUGCAGGUGCACGGUGUAAUCCAAGCUGCUCAGCCCUCUGUCAUCCAGUCUCCACAAGUCCAGACAGUACAGAUCUCAACUGUUGCUGAGAGCGAGGACUCUCAGGAAUCUGUUGAUAGUGUUACAGAUUCUCAGAAGAGGAGAGAGAUCCUGUCCAGAAGACCUUCUUAUAGGAAAAUUUUGAACGAUUUAUCGUCGGACGCUCCCGCAGUGCCUCGAAUCGAAGAAGAGAAAUCGGAGGACGACUCGGUCCCCGCCAUCACAACGGUCACCAUGCCCACUCCCAUCUAUCAGACCAGCAGUGGCCAGUACAUUGCCAUCACCCAGGGUGGGGCCAUCCAGCUGGCCAAUAACGGCACAGAUGGAGUACAGAGCCUGCAGACGCUGACCAUGGCCAAUGCAGCCCAGUCGGGGGCCACCAUCCUGCAGUACGCCCAGACCAGCGACGGCCAGCAGAUCCUGGUGCCUAGCAACCAAGUGGUUGUACAAGCUGCCUCUGGUGACGUCCAGGCCUAUCAGAUCCGCACAGCCCCCACCAGCGCCAUCACACCCGGGGUCGUCAUGGCGACCUCGCCCGCAAUGGGCACAGGAGGAGGCACUGAGGAAGUCACGCGCAAAAGGGAAGUCCGACUAAUGAAAAACAGGGAGGCGGCCCGCGAGUGCCGCAGGAAGAAGAAGGAGUACGUCAAGUGUCUGGAAAACCGCGUGGCCGUGCUGGAGAACCAGAACAAAACCCUCAUCGAGGAACUGAAAGCCCUCAAAGACUUGUACUGCCACAAAUCUGAGUAGAAACAACAGCACGUGCCUGCCAGAGGGGGGGGGGGGUGGGCACAGCAAGCGUCUGUCCCCAUGUACAGAGACUCGGCACAGGAGCCAUGCAUCUGGGUGCCACGCCCCCUUUUUCUACUCUUAUGCUUUCUUUUUAAAAACUACAGUAAAGUGACUCACCAGGAUUAGAAAACACACACUCUCACUUCAUGAAAGGGCAGAGGAAUGUUCAGAACGGACGUGGAGGAGACACCAUCUACAGGGUCCUUGUGGGGAACACACAAUGAGGCUGUUCCUCUUCCUCUUCUUUUUUGUUGCAACGCCACCAAAGGGAAGCAUUCCAGUCACUGGUGCCUGGAUACACACCAGCAACAGGGAGCGGCUGCACUACCAUCGCCAAUGACCAUUUUACAGGUGAAUCUCCCCAAGACUCUUUGAGAGAGGCGACGUUUGAAAUCGUAACCGAUCUCUCUAUCACUCGCAUUAACUUCUGUUACUAACGCUUCGAAAUGUAGACAGGCCGUGUCAGAGGACAUUUUAUCUUUUUUAGCUGCGUUUUGUUUCAUGUAUCAGAUUAUCAGCUUGCAUAAUGCCAUUUUAUUUUUACUUUGCCUUGAUAUGGGAUGAACAAAAAAUGUAAUCAGUAUGUUUGGGUUGUAAAAUGGUUUUCAUGUUAAAUGCAGCUUUAAGGACACAUUGCAAAGUACUCAAAAGCUCUCAUUUACCGUUACAGAUUUCUUUACGGUUGUUUCUGAUGCAUGUUCACAAACAUAUGAAUAAAGGCUCAUUGUUUUUGAUUUCGGGACAGGUCGAAUUGUUUCGAACAUUUGGAUUAAAUUGAAAUGCAGCUCAUGCUAGUAUGUAUACAACAAAAAAAUGGUUAAACUAGUUUGUGUUAAAACUGUUUUCAUAAUGUUUUUGUAUGAAGGAUUUUCUGAAAUCCAUUUUUUAAAGCUACAUGAGUUUAAAAAUGUGCCUAUUAGUAAUGGGCAUUCCAUCCGAGUUAUUUUUAGAACCGCUCAUCCUAACACUUAAUAGGGCUUUCCCCCUAAUGCACUACAGUGUUAAUUACACUUUUUAAGUUUGAUUCAUUACUUCCUAGAUUAUUUUUUAAUGCAAAUCAAAAACAAUGAGCCUUACUUCUUUACAAUGAAAUAAAUACUUUGUCUCCAUGUUUGUUAAACACAUUCGAGGCACAUCGCCCGUCACUGGAAUCAGAGAUCGCUUAAUAUGUUAUACUGUCUUUGAAAAUGUAAUGUCACAUGUGGAUUUCUGCAAAGUUGAAAAGUCCUGGGGUUCAGGUUGGUUUGUAAUAAGAAUACCUGGGCCCAUCUAUGUACCAUAGUGGGGUCGAGGUCUGUGAAGGCAUCAGCAAGAGGCUGUCUCCAAAUUCUGUUUACAGGAAGUGGGAUGCACACUUUCCUUGCUUAAACAAUCCUACCACAUUUCAUACACCAGGAAAAUCCUACCACUGCUCAUCACAAAGUGUCCAUCUGCAUUUUAUUGCUGAUUAAUUAUCAAGGCAUUAUCAUGCAUCGUAUGGGACGGUUUUAGAUAUGUGGAGUGUCCGUUCUCAUCCAGAACGUCUGGAUUACACCUAUCAAAUCAAGAAGAGGAUUAAGUGCGAGCAAUUCAAAUGGACUUCUUCACCGCGAACAAAAAUGUCAUCACAAUGGAAUGCCAUGUCGUAUUAUGUUAGGUAUUAUGUAUAGUCAUGACAUAGUAUGCUUUUUUUUAAUGUUGCUUAUCAUUAAUUUUGUAUUCACACUUUCUAAAUGUCAGCACCAACUUGUAUAAUACAGUGCAUUAUGUUAGAGCUAUUCAAAUAUUUACAUUUUUGGCAGCUGUUAAUAAAUGUGUUUCUGGUAA